ACGAGCUAGAGAUGCACGCGUAUAUUCAGAACGUUCAGAAAGUAAAGCGUUGGAUAUACGUUCGAAAGUUCCGAGCCUCAGUUCGAAUUUCGAGCGCGCUGGAAUAGUCGCGUUUUCACAACCGCCCGAUCAACGAAAAUCAAGUGCCUGAAUAGGAAGCUAGUGAUGUGCCUUGUGUGACAGUGUUACCAGUGCCUAGUACUAAAUAUAAUAUUUUUAUAUUUAACAUAUUACCAGUGGUAUAGUUACCGGUUUUAUACAGUGAUAUCAGGAUGGAGUUGAAAAGGAUGUCUAUAUGUUUGGCGCUCUUCGUGCUGGCCUGCAUCUCGCAUUGUUCAGAAGCCAGACACUCGCUGGUUCGUCGUGGCGCCGACGAAGUCAAUUACGACGAGCUGCAGAACGACGAAGGGGCUGACGACGAAGCGCAGAACGAUGCAGAAGGCAAUGACGAAGAAGACACAGCGGUGGUCGCCAAAAUAGUGACGCAAUCCGCAUUGUACAACGUCACCAUCGGGCGGACUGUGCGGCUGGAGUGUCUGGUGUCACCUGCCACUGCUAGCGUGGUGGUGCAAUGGACGCGGAAUAACACCAAAUACUUCAUCGGGACUCAAAAAGAUUAUGAACAGGAUCUGGCUUCGUACAGUGUUGGCGACAGAUUUUCUAUUGCCGCAAACUCCACAGACCUGUUGAUAAGAGAGGUGAGGCCAUCUGAUAGUGGUAUCUACACCUGCGGAAUUCUCCAGUUCAAGCCGGUCCACAUACAGCAUCACUUGGUGGUCGUGGAGUCACCUAGGAUCCUCAUGUUCACGGCAACGAACAACGGGCAACUCGUCGAGGGAUCUGAUCUGGUCUUGACCUGCAAAGUGUCAGGGUCUCCACCUCCCAAGAUCGUUUGGUCCAGAGGUGAAGGCAAUGUUAACAAGCGCCUGCAAGAAAAUGAUGCAACAUACCUUGGCAACACGUUAACCAUCAAGAACGUUAGGCGAUCUCAUUCAGGAAGUUACUAUUGCUAUGCUUUCAACGGAGUGGGCACCAACCAGUCAGAGGUCCAUGUGGUUGUUAGAGGUAAACCCCGUGUGCACGUCGAAAGGACAGUGGUCAACUCCGCGAUCGGUGUGGAAGCCAUCUUGGAAUGCGCUGUACAUGAUGAUGCUGCUUCUUACAUCCGCUGGUACAAGGACGGUCAGCGUAUCGAGGAUUCAUCUCGCGCGUAUUCCAUCAGUUCUGACGGUCAGCGUUCCAACCUGUCCGUCAUCCCGCGACAUGACGACGACUUCGGCACUUUCACUUGUGAGGCGGAAAACGAGCAGGGCAGUCACAACAGAUCAAUCGACCUGGUGCAAAGCCCAGUGCUGGAAGACCUGCAAGUAGAUGGGCCCAAGAUAUCCCUUACGAUUCACUCGCAUCAGCCCGUCGAAGUUAUUGAGUUGCAACUGAAGGAGCUCGAUGGGGAUGCGGAAUGGAAGACCCUCAACGUGCCAGUACCUCAAAGCAGGAACACCCACGAGUACCAAGUGGACUACUCCCUGGAGGACCACCUCAGCAAUGGCGGCAAGUACGAGGUCACCGUCAAAGUCAAGAACGACAAGAGUUGGAGCGCGCAUACCAACCCUGCUGUCAUUGAAUACGAAUUACGUCCACAGCCCAUCCAGCACGCUUCAGUAUUGCCGGGAGGUAGCGCUCAUUCGUUGGAAUCAACGCCCAUCUUCCUUGCAACGGCGUUAAUGUACCUUCUCGUGCGAAUGUAAAACGGCAAAAGUAGGUUAAUUAUUUAUUUUUAGUAUCAAGUAUUGGUAUAAGACGAGUAUCUACAUUCUAGACCAAGAACCGGUGGAUAAUUUUUUCAUAGUGUUUAUAACAGAUUCAUGAAUUUUGACUAGGUACAAUGCAAAUUCCCGAAUUAUAUGCACGGUCGUUCUCAGAAUUUGAGUAGCAAUUCCGCAAAACUAUUGCAUCAAAAACGUCUUGCACUUAUGACCUUUUUCUAUAAACACGCCUCACACACCUAACGCAUGUGCGUAACCGUGCCACGCGAAUAUGAUCAUUAAGAUGCUAAAUGACUUACGGCCUUUGACCAUACAAAAUGUCUUUUUCUAUUAAAAAGUUAAACUGGAUUUACAUGAUAAUGUAGAUAACGAGUAAAUACCACGAUUAAUUUAAUUAUUUGGAUUAGUUGUAUUUACAUUGUGUCAAAUACUGACUCGAAAGUCGAAACGAGUGAUUCACUAACUUGGUGUUGAUAGCCACCGACCUCAUUUGACAUUGGUUGGCUCUACAUUGCUGCUUCACUGAUUGAUAUUAAUUUUUUUUUAAUAGGAAACCUUCAAUGGAUUAAAAAUAAAUGUCAAAUGAGCUCAGUGGCUAUCAUUCAGUGUUAGACACUAAGUGAGCGAAUCAGUAGGCUGAACAGUGAAUCAUCUGAAUGAAUAUUAACUCUGUAUACUUUAAUUCAUCAAGCUCGGAAUACCUAACUUAUCUCUGAAGAAAUCUUAUUCUGUGCUACUCGGUUUUACUCAGGUAUUUAAUAUGUAUUCACUUUCACUAAAUCGUUCACCAGUUCUUGGAACAUUCGCUGUUUUUUUUUUUGUAAUUUUUAUCCUGUCGAUGUUGGAACACCGCUUAUCGAUGUAAAAAGUUGGUAAUUAAAAAAAAAUAGUAAAAAAUAAAGAAUUUAAAAUUUUUAUGCUAUAUAGGUAUCCAGUGAUUCUUCUAUUUCUUAUUCAAUGUCCAUAUUAUCGAUAUUUAAGUUAAGUGCAUCUUUAAAAAAACAAAAAAGUGCAAAGAUCUGAGAAGUUAUAAAAUUUUGUAUCUUUCAUAAGCAAAGAAAAGUUGCGCUUGAAUUAAAUUUGGUUUUAAUUAAUAUUUACCCAAUCUUAGAGGCUUACUGUCUGUGUUUUUUUAUUCGUGAUAUUUAUGCAAAACUACGCUAAAAAAGUACAAAGAUUUGAUUAUGUUUUUACUCUUUUUUCGGUUCAUCUAAGUAACAAAAGACCCUUAAUAAGUCUUAUAAAUGCCAAGUUACUUAAAUUUUAUCCGGCAUCCUUUAGUAAUUUUAU